AAGUGGGCCGCGGUGGCCGCUCUCAGGUUCCUCUCUGGCUAUAUUUUUGUUCUUUUUCGAUAUGACUUUCGGAACACAACUUAUGAGAGUGAAUAUACGCAGAAACUAAUUCAGGCCGAAUCGUCCUUCUAAAUAAUCUAGAUAAACAGGGACGGGAGCCUUAAGGAAAAGAAGACUAGCAGAAACUAAUUUUAACUUGAUGGCUUUUAGGUGUUAUUUAUGCGAUCGCAAGCCGUCAAAGAAUGAAAAUAUAUCUGUACAUAGAUUUCCCAAAGAUCCAAUUCUUCGUCAAAAAUGGAAGGAUGUUUGUGGAUUGACUGAAAUAGAUGAUGUAACUCACGUUUACAUAUGUUCAGUUCACUUUAUUCCUGAAAAUGUGAGAAUAACGAAGGGUAUUCUUGGUAAACCAAGAAUAGGUCUGAAACCUGGAUCGGUUCCUACAAUAUCUGUUCCAAUUCCGGCUCAAUUUGAGAUUGUGUUAACUAGUGACAACAAAGAAAAUGAAACAUCAGAGAAUGUUGAAACUGAUGCUUCUUUAUUAUCGACAGAUUGUACAUCUGUUCCUAUAAAAGAUGUAGAAUAUAUGGAUGAUGUUAAUGAUGACAUUAAUUCUUUAAAUCAUGUCAAUUAUAAUCAUAUUGCUCAUGAUCACGAUUAUUGUAAUGAAAAUUACAUCAGUGCUCCAAAAAAGCGUCGGUUUCAUGAGCGACGUUUUAUUUCGGAAGUUACAUUAUCAGAUUUUUCUCUUCCGGAAAGAGCUGAACAAACUCUAAAAUUUAUAAAGGAUAAGGAUCAACAGCAAGCGCAGAAAAUUAAACACUUACAAGACAUCAUCAGAUAUCAAAGAAAACGUAUUGUCUCUUUAAGAGCUAUCGUAAAAUAUUUAAAAACAGUUUGAUGUUCGAUGAAGCAGAGAUUUAUUAACGAUAGGGUAGACGAGAAGAGAGGAACCCGACCAGAGCGAGGAAAUGGCUGGUAGUACGUGGGAUAGCCGGGGUUGGUCCCCCACUUCUCUGUGCUGCGUUCCCAAGCAUUUGCUCUCUGUUGAGUCGGUUGUUUCUGCUGUUCCAUCAUGUGGGAUGAGGACAAGCAAGCACACCAGCAACAGCAGCGACCGAUUGACCAGCAACAGCGACACACAUGCGCAGCAUGAACAUGGAAAAUUCCAUUCGUAUUUCGCCUCCACCCUUUGCAGCAAGAGUGGCGGAAUGGAAGAUAAAAGAGGGGAAGAGCUAUUAUUUUUAUUGCGUUCUCUAUAAGCGCAUUAACCCACGUUCUGGUUGAGUAAUGUUAGCUUGUACUCGGUUAUUGCAAUUUCAUUGGUAUAGAAGCCAAUACACAUACAUAUGAACACAUACGUAAUUAUAAAUUUCGUUACUACAUUGAAGUGUUACUCACAUGAUUAUUUUAGCACAAAAACUGAUAUAUCAUGUUACAUAUUUAGAUAUUGAAUCCAAUUUGAUAUAAUUCAUUAUUAACUUAUUCUGUAGUAAGCUGUUGAUACUUAUUAAAUACUUUAUCAUAGUGCAAUAAUUAAUCUUAAGCCAUAAUCAUAUUUUUAGAGAUUGAGAUUCAAAUUCAGAUUAGAAUUUGACUGAAAGCAAAGUUGAUCAAAGUUUAUUAAACUUGAGGUUGAAUUGGUCUUAUCUCUUAUUUUGAAUUGGAGGAAUUCCGAUUUCAAUCUCUGAUUACGAUCUUAAAGCGGAUAUUGCGAAUAGUUUGAAAUAGAGAAAUAAAAGAAUAAUAAUUUGUUUUAAUAACAAGAAAGUUUAAUUUUUCAAUAAAUUUGUUUAGAUUCAUAAAAAAAUUUAAUCGUGAAUUUUUAAAUAUUAUUAUGUCUACAACUGUAUGAAUAUAUUGAUGAAUAUAUGUAAAUUACAAUCUCUGUUAUAAUCAUACAAGAAAUGUAAGUUAUCACAUAAAUUAAAACAAAUGUAGCAAUAAAAAAAUAGAUCAAGAAUUUAUGAAAACUAAAUUGGAUCAGAAUAUUAUUAUAAGCUCGAGAAAUUGUGAAAUACAGUCUCGUAAUUUCUCAGUAAUGAAACACUGUCGAGAAUUUUUUCAUCCUUCUCUUUCAUUCUCCCCUUUUCUCUUUAUCCAAGCGUAACUUGAACAAACUCAUCAAGAAGAAAUCGAGCUUAAAAUAUUGUGCGCAACUUGUGGUAAAAUUGGGUUGAGGGGAAGUAACAGAGGAAAAUGGUAGGUCAAUGUACGUUAUGAAGCGUCUUCCAUCUCUUUCCCCUCUUUCAUUCUCUCUCUCCUUUUCUCCGUUCACAAUCUCCUCCUCUUCCACCUCUCUUUUUCUCCUCCCACUUCUCGUACCAAAGUUACGCUGCUACUAUAUCGUGAUAAUCUUGCCUGCUCCAGGGGAUUACCUUCUCUGCGCCGGACUAACGCAGUCAUUGCUCAUACUAGUACGGAGUUUCUACUACUAGCCGUAGAACGGAAGUUAUGUGACGGAGUGGGGGAUGGGUAGGAUCGAUAGUCAAGUAUUUCUCGGAAUGUAAAUACCAAUGACAACCGGGUACAUAUUUGAUUACCCAAUUGCAUGCUUGCAGCUUUACCAGGGUGCAGGGUCGUAGCAACAUUUGACUAGUCGAUUAUAUCGUUUUUAUUAGCUUUCAAAAAUUUACUAUUAAUUCAUUCAAAGCGCUACGAGUUCUCCUGUUACCAUAAUGUAAACGAGUGAAGCAAACAAGUAAUGUAAUUAAUGACGUUCAUACAUAUUCAAGUACACAUUGUAAAUAAUAAGUGAAGCAUUAUUUUGCGACUAAAAGAAUUUUUUUGACAGAUUUCUGUUUACGUGAGUGACAUCAUCAAAGUUUAUUUCGUAAGAUAUUUUUUGCUUAAAGACUAUUUAUGAGGUAUAUAAACCAAAAAAUACGUUUAUUUUCAUUUCUCGAAUAAUUUAAAUGUAAACACGCUACUCUUUUUCUUCCUUCUGCCUCAGGGGCGUGGCAAAUGAGUUCAGAACAAUUAUUCUACUCAUCCCCAAGGUCUUUUCAUGAAGUCUACCAAAUUUAAUAGAACCAACCUUCGAAAAAGAUGAGGUCUAAAUAUAGAACCCAGGCGUGCUACUCGAAUAUCUGGGACCGAGAUUCGUUACGAUCAAUAGACGGCAGAUUCGGCCGUUUUCGACAUGUUCCGUUAAGUUCCCCUACUAUAUUCGUCCUCAUCGACCUCUAACCAUUACUGGCCACGCCUUGCUCGUGAAUUCCGUCAGCUAAACUGGUUAUUCGGGAUGCAAUUACAGAUACUAUUUGCGCACUAUAGAUUUUCCUUGUGAAACAUUUGAAAAAAAAUAUGAUUUACUUAUCUUUCUAAUAUGUAUGUGUACAGGGUGAUUUAUUUUAAAUAUGCUAUCAAAUUUUCUUUUAAGUAUUAAAGAAAAAAUAUAUUGAAAAAGUUUUUCAAACAAGAAUUAUACAAUUUUAGACGAUAUAAUGCAUACAAAUUUUUGUAUGCUAUAUUUUAUUUCAAAAAACCAAUGUCAUAUUCAAUAGUUUGAAAAUGAAAAUAUGAUUUUCUUGCAUAAUACAAUUUUUAUUAUCAUUUCCAAAAAAAGUAUUAAAUUUGUAGAACGCAAUGUUAUACAAUUAAUUACUACAUAUUGUGGGUUAUAUGAACUUCUCAGACAUCAACUAAUACUAGUAUGGU